UUUUAGGGUAUCGUGAUCAGCAACUAUGAUACCAAAGCCUCGAGCUUAUAUCUUCCUGUCCGUGCGCGCGGGGAGGCUCGCUGCCGUUGCGUAUCCGUCGUGCGCUCACCCUUUUCUCCCCGAAACAGGAGUUCGGUCGCUCCAUGAAGGGCCGGACACAGUAGAUGAAUUAUUAGAUAGGCAUCUGGUGAAGAAGCAGCAGAAAGGCGGCAACGAUGUGGAGUUCGAUCUGUCAGAGCAAAGGCGGCUGACCAGCACACGGCGGGAGGCCCUCUGUCUGUACCGGGACAUCAUCCGGGCGACGAGAUUCUUCUUGUGGCCCGACUCCCGCGGGAUACCGUGGCGAGAUGUGCUCCGCUCGAACGCGCGGCGGGAGUUCGAGGAGGCGAGGUUAGAGCGUGACCCGGAGAUUAUCACUCGCCUUCUCAUUGGUGGCCGCGACGCCGUCCAGUCCGCUCUUGAUAAGCUUGCG